AUGCCAAUUUCCAAAGGAAAGCAUCUACCACAGGUGCCUUUCUUCAGCCAAGCUGCUGACAUGCAGACAUAUUUGCAGCAACCUGCAACAACCAAGUGCAGUAAUGGCGAAGGUCUUCUACUCACCCUUAGUUCAUCUGCUUGGCGCAUUGCUUUUCGUCCUUACACCAAUUCUCACUCAAGAACUUCUCUUUUUGUAAUAGGAGUUGAAGGAACAAUUGGUAUCAAUUAUGGCACAGUGGCUGACAACCUCCCUCCACCAGUCCAAGUCGCGCGCUUCCUCCUUGAAUCCACCUUUAUCAGUCGCGUGAGACUCUUUGAUGCCAAUCCAGAAAUCUUGAAAGCAUUUGCUCGCACUGGUAUUGCAGUGACUGUAAACGUUCCCAAUGACUUAAUUCCGCACCUUCUCAAGUUAAGUUUUGCCCGACAAUGGGUGGAAUAUAAUGUCCUGCCUCACGUCCCUGCCACCAACAUAGUAAGAAUACUUGUUGGCAAUGAAGUAAUUUCAACUGCCAACAAGUUACUUAUUGGGAGCCUAGUUCCUGCUAUGGAAACACUCCACGCUGCCAUUGUUGAAAGAUCCUUGGACCGUCUCAUCCAAAUAUCUACACCACAUUCAUUAGGCAUACUCGCAAGUUCAAGCCCACCUUCCACUGGGAAAUUUAGACCAGGAUAUGACAUCCAUAUUCUCAAGCCAUUGCUUGACUUCCUCAGAGCUACUAAUUCACCAUUCAUGAUAAAUCCAUAUCCAUUUUUCGGUUCUUCUGAAAACACACUAGAUUAUGCACUCUUCAGACCUAAUCCAGGAGUGUUUGACGAAAACACACGACUCACCUACACGAACAUGCUGGAUGCACAGUUAGACGCUGUCUACUCGGCCCUAAAGCUCUUGGAUUUCGAAGAUAUAGAGAUUGUUAUUGCAGAAACUGGAUGGCCAUCGAAAGGAGAUCCAGGGCAAGCUGGAGUAGACGCUGAAAGCGCCGCGGAAUACAACAGAAAGCUCAUGCAACACGUGAUGUCUGGUGUUGGGACACCACUAAUGCCUCACAGGACAUUUGAAACGUACAUUUUUGCACUCUUCAAUGAGGAUUUAAAACCAGGGCCAGCUUGUGAAAGAAAUUUUGGAUUGUUCAAGCCUAAUAUGACUCCAGUUUAUGACAUAGGAAUCCUACGUCCAACGGUAGCUAAUGCCGCCAAUGCUGCUGUGCCCGUCACUGAUCAUGGUCACACUAAUAGUAGAACAUAUUUGUUAAUACUCGUGUACGUGUGCUUGAUGUGUCUGUAAAUUUGGCUCUGGUCUGCAGGCAAAAGUGAUUCCAUCGUAUUCGACCCCAAAGGCUGCACCUAUGAAUCCAACAACACCUGCACUUGCUAAAGGAAAAAGAUGGUGUCUUCCGAAACAUUGAUUAUUGUCUACACUCCAGUAGGUGGUCUGGUCGUGCAAGGGGGUGUUGGAGUGGGUUAGAGUCCUACAUUGGUUGGGCAAUGGACUGAUACUGAUAGUCUCCUUAUGAACUUUGGUAAUCCUCGCCUCAUGAGCUAGCUUUUGGGGUUGAGUUAGGCCCAAGUGUCAUAUCUUUACAUGGUAUCAGAGUCAAGUCUGUUCCCGUUUGAGCCCCUAUAAUAUAUUCAGUUGGUGGUCUGGGCAUACGAGGGGACACAUUGAUUGGGGAAUGGGCUGGUGGUCUCCUUAUAUGGACUUGGACAAUCCAAGCUAGUGGAAGUAUGGUUAUGAUUGUAAUUUUAAAGGAAGUGGAGCCGUCAUCACUAGAGAUCCAAGUAAGUUGGGGUGGU